CAUCCCACUUCCGGGGAGGGAGGCGGAGGAGCCCCUCCCCACAGCCCACCCCUAAGCCCAGCCCUCGGCUCCCACCCUUGUGUACCUGGGCCGAUCCAUUCCUCAGAGCGCACAGGGGGAGGAGUGGCUUGGAGAGCCUCGGUGGGUCCAGCAAGUUCCUCCCCGAAAGCCGAAAGCGUGCACUUCGUCCACGUUGUUUCCGUUCACUAAAACUCCUAGGACGCGGCAGAGUGGCCUUGGAAUAGGGACAAGGAACGGAAGCGGGAAGGGGAGGAGCGUUCACCCCUCCCGGUCUUGGUGCGCGCCGCGCCCCCUACCCUCCUGGUACUUGGCAAAGGACGCGCGGGCUCGGCGCGCCCAGACGGCCGUGAUGGCGCUGGUGGCCCGCGGCCUGUCCUGUGGGCUGGGUUCCCACCCGGCCACCCCAGGCCGGGGCGCGGUCGUCUUCGUGUGGCUAUGGCUCAGCACCUGGUGCACAGCCCCUGCCAGCGCCAUCCAGGUGACUGUGUCAAACCCCUACCACGUGGUGAUCCUAUUCCAGCCCGUGACCCUGCCCUGCACCUACCAGAUGACCACGACCCCCACAGUACCCAUUGUGAUCUGGAAGUACAAGUCCUUCUGCCGGGACCGCAUCGCUGAUGCCUUCUCCUCAGCCAGUGUUGACAACCAGCUCAAUGCCCAGCUGGCGGCUGGUAACCCAGGCUAUAACCCCUAUGUGGAGUGCCAGGACAGCGUACGCACCGUCAGGGUUGUGGCCACCAAGCAGGGCAAUGCUGUGACCCUGGGAGACUAUUAUCAGGGCCGGAGGAUCACUAUCACAGGAGAUGCAGACCUGACCUUUGAGCAGACGGCGUGGGGGGACAGUGGUGUGUAUUACUGCUCGGUGGUCUCAGCGCAGGACCUCCAGGGGAACAAUGAGGCCUACGCAGAGCUCAUCGUCCUUG